UGGAGAACUCGGAGCAGCUCUGCAGAGGGGGGCAGGAGCUCCGGUGUUUGGUACCCCCAGCCCCACCGCUGUUGCUGCUGCUGCAACGGGGACAUAGGCUUCCCCCAAGUCUCCGUGGGCCUGGGGCGCGGCAGGAUGGCGGCAGGCGUGGCCACCUGGCUGCCUUUCGCGCGGGCGGCUGCUGUGGGCUGGUUGCCCCUGGCCCAGCAGCCCCUGCCCCCGGCGCCGGGGGUGAAGGCAUCUCGAGGGGAUGAGGUUCUGGUGGUGAAUGUGAGCGGUCGGCGCUUUGAGACCUGGAAGAACACACUGGACCGCUACCCAGACACUCUGCUGGGCAGUUCAGAGAAGGAAUUCUUCUACGACGCCGACUCGGGCGAGUACUUCUUUGAUCGCGACCCGGACAUGUUCCGGCAUGUGCUGAAUUUCUACCGCACGGGCCGGCUGCACUGCCCACGGCAGGAGUGCAUCCAGGCCUUCGACGAAGAGCUGGCCUUCUAUGGCCUGGUGCCUGAGCUCGUGGGCGACUGCUGCCUCGAAGAGUACCGGGACCGCAAGAAGGAGAACGCCGAACGCCUGGCAGAGGACGAGGAGGCCGAGCAGGCCGGGGAUGGCCCAACGCUGCCGGCUGGCAGCUCCCUGCGGCAGAGGCUCUGGCGGGCCUUCGAGAACCCGCAUACGAGCACCGCGGCCCUUGUGUUCUACUAUGUGACCGGCUUUUUCAUCGCCGUGUCGGUCAUCGCCAACGUGGUGGAGACCAUUCCGUGCCGUGGUCCUACACGGCAGCCACCAAAGGAGCAGCCCUGUGGCGAUCGCUUCCCACUGGCCUUUUUCUGCAUGGACACGGCCUGUGUACUCAUAUUUACGGGCGAAUACCUCCUGCGGCUGUUUGCUGCCCCCAGCCGUUGCCGCUUCCUGCGGAGUGUGAUGAGCCUCAUCGACGUGGUGGCCAUCCUGCCCUAUUACAUCGGGCUCUUCAUGCCCAAGAACGAGGAUGUCUCAGGUGCCUUUGUCACCCUGCGGGUGUUCCGGGUAUUCCGCAUCUUCAAGUUCUCCAGGCACUCACAGGGCUUGCGGAUUCUGGGCUACACACUCAAGAGCUGUGCCUCUGAGCUAGGCUUCCUCCUCUUUUCCCUUACCAUGGCCAUCAUCAUAUUCGCCACUGUUAUGUUUUAUGCUGAGAAGGGCACAAACAAGACCAACUUUACUAGCAUCCCCGCGGCCUUCUGGUAUACCAUUGUCACCAUGACCACACUUGGCUAUGGAGAUAUGGUGCCCAGCACCAUUGCUGGCAAGAUUUUUGGAUCCAUCUGCUCACUCAGUGGCGUCUUGGUCAUUGCUCUGCCUGUGCCAGUCAUUGUGUCCAACUUUAGCCGCAUCUACCACCAGAACCAGCGUGCUGACAAGCGCCGAGCACAGCAGAAGGUGCGCCUGGCAAGGAUUCGGUUGGCAAAGAGUGGUACCACCAAUGCCUUCCUGCAGUACAAGCAGAAUGGGAGCCUUGAGGACAGUGGCGGUGGGGAGGAGCAGGCACUGUGUGUCAGGAACCGCUCUGCUUUCGAGCAGCAACAUCACCACUUGCUGCAUUGUCUAGAGAAGACGACGUGCCAUGAGUUCACGGACGAGCUAACCUUCAGCGAGGCCCUGGGUGCUGUCUCGCUGGGUAGUCGCACCAGCCGCAGCACUUCCGUGUCCUCCCAGCCAGUGGGAGCUGGCAGCCUGCUAUCUUCUUGCUGCCCCCGCAGGGCCAAGCGUCGUGCCAUCCGCCUUGCCAACUCCACUGCCUCGGUCAGCCGUGGUAGCAUGCAGGAGCUGGACACGCUGGCAGGGCUGCGGAGGAGCCCUGCCCCUCAGAGCCGCUCAAGCCUCAAUGCCAAGCCCCAUGACAGCCUUGACUUGACCUGCGACAGCCGGGACUUCGUGGCUGCCAUCAUCAGUAUCCCCACCCCUCCUGCCAACACCCCAGAUGAGAGCCAACCUUCCUCCCCUGGCGGUGGUGGUGGUGGGGCCAGCAGCACCCUCAGGAACUCCAGCCUGGGUACCCCUUGCCUCCUUCCCGAGACUGUCAAGAUCUCUUCCCUAUGACAGGCAGGCCUGCCCAUCCAGAGUGCCCUCCCAAUUCUUGGGGACUCCUUUCCAAAGCCAUAUUUUGGGAAGGUAGAGAAGGGAAGGCCUGGGGACCCCUUCUGCCCCCCACUGAGAACUAUGCAAUGGAGUUUCAUGGAAUGGCCUACCUGGUGGGGAAAUAGCCAGGGAAUGGAAAACUUCCCCUACCCCAGACAGUUUUCCUUGCGGGAGCCGAAGUGCUGGGCUUCCUCAGACCCUCAACCUCCUUGCCCCAGCACACUGGGACUGGCCCCUCUACCCAAGCUGGCCUCCUGCAUGCUCCUCCCCUCCCCAGUUCUGACACAAGAAGGAGAGGUGAGACUUCCUCUUCUCUCUGGCUGAGCUAUGGAGGUUUGGGGGUUCAGAGAAGAGAACUCUCACUGAUGAUCUGGCCUCUAGAAGAAGACCCCACCCUCCACCAGGCCCAACAACUGCCAAAUUCUGAAGCUUGGAAUGCAACCACAGGUUUCAUGGGCUGUGGUUUCAGCAGUGACCUGCCACCCCUAAACCUUGGCUGAGGGGUUAGGCUGCCUUUCCCCAAACACACAGAUAGCACAAACACCACUCCCCUUCCCUGGCUGCUGGAAAUGGGUCCCCACAACCCUGUCCUCCACUGGGCCGCCAGCAAACUCUAGCAAUAGCAGCUGCUGCCGUGACAUUAUGCAAAGCCUCUGCCCAGUUUGCUGCAGCAUUUACAUCUGCCCUAAUCAUAGGGGCCACCUCUAACUAUGCCUCCUUCUCUCUUCUCUGGUUUACCUCCUUCCUGGGUUGGGCUGGAGUCUGGACUGGCUGAGAUAAAAGUCUGGCAGCCAGCAAGAACUGGGCUGUGUUUAGAGAUCAUGGGCUGACUCCAUGUUCUUGGGCACGAGUCCAGAAGCAUCAGGGACUGAGGCCCAGCUUAUUCCUGAACUCUAGGAGUUGUAGGUGGCAGGAGAAACUUCUUGAUCUCCUCCUCCAACCCCACAAUGCCUUUUCACAUAUUCCUUUCUCUUCUCCCUCUUGGGUCACCU